CAAUAACGCGCUAUCGACAGUACACGCCAGUUAUAGGACAUCGAAACAUCAGGCGUGGCUGAAGAAAGCAGCAACGAAAAUACGCCUCUUGACUUAAGCAUGAAGGGCGAAGGAAGACCAAGUACAAGCCGUGACGGUACCCAGGGCGCUUCGUCUACUUUGGGUGCCUACAGAACGAUUGCUGACGACGCCUUGCGCAAACAGGGGAACACGGAGCACACACCGAUGACCGACGAGACUUGCAAUGUCGACGGUGCCCCUGACAAUGGCAACAGAAGUUGCCAGCCUCUGGGGUCCAUCAGGAGCAUUGAUAACGUACGGCCCAGUACAAGCCGCGCUGGCAUGGAGGAAGCAUCUGCCAAUUUUGAAGAUGGUGGCACAGUUUCCGAGAGCACCAUGGUUCACCAAGAGAAGACGCAGUACCAACUGGCUGAAAGCACGUCCACCGUCUUCGGGCAUACAAACAUGACAGAAACCGAAAGCACAGGUCUCAGACUUCCAUUCUACAGCAGCAGCAGCAGCAUCGGCGAUUACGCAGUGGCCAGUACGAGCCGGACUGGAGCAGAGAAAGCACCGGACACUUCGGGAAACGACGCUAGACGCUGGUGCUCCGGAGGCGCCCAAACAACCAUGGCUGAAGAAAGCAACAGUGGACACACGCCUCCUGCAUUUACCUUCGGCGACGAAGCAAUGCCGAGCACAAGCCAGGAAUUCUUCGAGGGCGCUUCAUGGACUUCCGACUGUUGCACUCCGAUUUGUGACGACUCCUUUGAAGACCUGUGGAACGCGUUGAACAGCCACAACGAUGCCAGUGACGUCACGGGCCAUACACAUGUCACUGAAAGCGGACGCGCCAGUUCCCCGUUUAUGGCGUCCAGCAGCAGCGUCAAUCCCGCACAGCCCAGUACAAGCCGCGCUGGAAUGGAGGAGGCAUCGGCCGUUCCGGGAAACAUCGCUAGGAAUGCUCCUGGUACCGGAGGAACGGAACAGCGAGAGUUGUGCGGUGUCUUUGGCACCGUUUCGAACAGACCGGACGCCUUACACGGGCACGCCAAGGAACCCACGGAUGACACCGCCCAGAUUUGCAAAGCCUGUGGUCAAUCGUCUGUGAAGAUGUCUAAGUUUGUCGAACAUUGCCGUGACCUCACUGGCAAAAAACAGAAAUGCGAAACCUGUGGCAAACAGUUCCACCGUGCCCACCACCAAGCUCAACAUCACUGCACGGAUACAGACGAGAAACUCUACAAAUGCAAUAUGUGUGAUAAAUCGUUCCGGCAUUCUCAUCAUCUAAAAAUCCAUAAGCGCACUCAUACAGACGAGAGACCCCACAAAUGUCAAAUAUGUGCUAAAUCGUUUCGGCAGUCUAGUCAUCUAGAUAACCAUAAGCGCACCCAUACUGACGAGAGACCCUACAAAUGCCAAAUAUGUAAUAAAUCGUUCCGGGCGUCUGGUCACCUAGAUACCCAUAAGCACGUGCACACAGGUGAGAAACCCUACAUUUGCGAAACAUGCGGUGCAUCAUUCACGCAGUCGGGGUCUCUCCGCAGACAUGAGCACUCUCACGCAGAGGAGAAACGUCAUCCAUGCCAAAAAUGUGCUAAAUAAUUUGAAAAGAAAUAUAACCUCAAGAGACAUGUGGACUCGCAAAGCUGAAACAGCGCUUUUGUUUGCGAAAUAUGUGAUCGAUUCUUUGCGAACAAUUCAAAUCUUCUUCGUCAACGCUGAACAAAGCACGUGGAUAAAACACCGUAUGAGUGUAUGCACUGUGAUGUCGUUUUGCAGACAAACACGCGAUAGGCAUGUGUGCCAGAAGGAAUGCAAGAUGUGAACGAUUCAGUCUGGUUUUUCGAAAUUGCGCGACAAGGCCUCGUCGCCAGAAGUAUUUGGGAUGCUUCGAUGUCGAAAGAUACUGCAGGUCCCGGCCAACGCUCACUGUCCCAUGCACUAUCUUGUUGGUGAAUGUUGCUUUAUCAAACUGACUUCCAGACAAACCCUAAUGGGCUGCAAGAUAGUGUUUUGUGUAAUUAGCGUGCUGAAAUGUCCACAAAAGAUCACUGACCCCCAUUUGGUUUGAGAAACUUCUUGUGCAGAUCUUUUGACAGUGUACCAGCGAAGAAGAUUUAAUGAACCAUAUUCGUAUUAUUAUUGCAGCGUAAACAGAAUGAAAUAUCUCUCUUUAGGAAGCAUUUGAGAAAAGAGGUACUGUAUUCUUGUCAACUAAAAAGUAAUUUCUGCAAUUAAUCGAGGUCCGGAGGCAAAAUUGCCUUCGAGAGAAAGCACUUGCAGAUGCAAUUGCGACAAUGGGGAACUACAUCGUACGCGUAUGAAAAGUAUCUGCUUGAGAAAGUUUGUUAAAUGCAUUGACCAUUCUUUGGCGCCUGUAUUCAUACCGAAAAUGUUUUUUCUAUACCAUAAGAUAAGCCAAUGACGAUAGUGAGACAGUACUAGACUCAAAUCAUUUGGAAAUUCUUUAUAUGACAUUGUCUCCCCUUAGGAAAAUUUUUAGUUGUUUUAUUGUUGCAGGACUUCUGAAGCAUAAUGGACAGCUUUUUAUCCACUCGGAAGUCAUCUGUUUUGACUCGGCCUGCUCUCUAGUAGCAGCUGUAUAAUCUUUUUAGCCUGAUGGGACAGAAGUUUCUGUACAAAAAUGAUAAUAAAUGCUUGACAUGACAAGUAA